GCUUCUAUGCCUUCCUUUCGUAUAUUCUAUGACACCUCGCUCACACUCCUCCCCUUCCCAGGACUUUGACUGGUACAUCAGUCCAGCAGAACGCUUCUCUGCAGAGACGCAGUUUGCGAAAUAUAGUCAGGAUGAGGAUGAGGUUGCUUUAUCCCAGCUCGGCCCCCUCUUCCAGCUCUCGCGUCUCUCGGAGCACGAGUUCUCACAGAUCUGGCAGCUCGUCGACAUCCGCAUGGCCCAACGCAUCAACCUCGAGCAGUUUGUCUACUUUUCGCAUAUCCUGAACACGAGACGGAAAGGCAAGCCGCUGCCCCAUGGGAUACCCUUGGAUGUCAAGGGGGCGUUUUUGAAGGAGCCCGUCGCAGUACCAGCAGCCUCCAUCCGGCCCUCAGUCUCAACCCGCGACAUCGGCUCCCACUCCUCCCUCCCGCUCUCCACCCUCACCUCGGAACUCGCACAGCUCACAUCCGACCUCGCCCGCUCCAAACGCGAGGAGGAGCUCGCGCGCGACCAUUUGGCCGAAACAGUGCUUGCGAAGGAGGAGGGGGAGGCGUUGGUGGAGUACAAGAGGCGGGAGGUAGCCGCGGGUGGCGGGACAGGGACAGGGACAGGGACCGCGCACGAGACGCGGAUGUUGGAGGACUUGGUGGGGCGGUUGAGGGCCGAACGGGAUCUACUGCAGCGACGGCAGGCGGAGUUGAGGCGCGGGGUGGAGUCUCUGUGAAUCCCGACGCCCUCCAACUUCUUCUUGCACAUGUCAUAAAUAUCAUUCGGGAAGUCUUGUACAUAUGAACAACGGAAACCGGGG